GUCCUAUAAAGAACGCAUUCAUUAGGCGGGAAAUUGUAACGGUCUCAGGAGACGAAUACCAUAGACUUCUCACAGUCUCUCCACACAUUGCGAUAGCAAAAUGCGCGAAAUAACACAUUUGCAAGCGGGACAAUGUGGAAAUCAGAUCGGCGCAAAGUUCUGGGAGGUUAUCUCGGAUGAGCAUGGAAUUGAUCCCACUGGAACAUACCAUGGUGACUCAGACUUGCAGUUGGAACGUAUCAACGUCUAUUACAAUGAGGCUACAGGUGGCAAGUAUGUUCCUCGGGCUGUCUUGAUAGAUUUGGAGCCUGGCACAAUGGACUCUGUAAGGUCGGGACCCUUCGGUCAGAUCUUCAGGCCAGAUAACUUCGUGUUCGGACAGUCAGGGGCAGGUAACAACUGGGCCAAGGGUCAUUACACGGAAGGUGCAGAACUUGUUGACUCUGUUCUUGAUGUUGUACGCAAAGAAGCUGAGAGCUGUGACUGCCUUCAGGGCUUCCAGCUGACGCAUUCACUGGGUGGAGGCACUGGCUCUGGACUGGGUACCCUGCUCAUCUCCAAGAUACGUGAAGAAUACCCCGAUAGAAUCAUGAACACCUUUUCUGUUGUCCCCUCACCUAAAGUGUCUGACGUUGUCGUAGAACCUUACAACGCUACGCUAUCCGUUCACCAGCUUGUUGAAAACACGGAUGAAAGCUACUGCAUUGACAACGAAGCCCUAUAUGACAUCUGCUUCCGGACACUGAAACUGACCACGCCCACCUACGGUGACCUCAACCAUCUUGUCUCGGCCACCAUGUCUGGUGUCACCACUUGCUUGCGUUUCCCGGGCCAGUUGAACUCAGACUUGCGGAAACUGGCCGUUAACAUGGUACCCUUCCCUCGCCUCCAUUUCUUCAUGCCGGGCUUCGCUCCCCUGACCUCCCGUGGCUCUCAGCAGUACCGGGCCCUGACGGUGCCGGAGCUGACCCAGCAGAUGUUUGAUGCCAAGAACAUGAUGGCUGCCUGCGAUCCUCGUCACGGCCGAUACCUGACUGUGGCCGCCAUGUUCCGCGGGCGCAUGUCCAUGAAGGAGGUUGAUGAGCAGAUGCUGAACGUCCAGAAUAAGAACAGCAGCUACUUUGUGGAGUGGAUCCCCAACAAUGUCAAGACUGCCGUCUGCGACAUCCCACCACGAGGUCUCAAGAUGUCAGCUACCUUCAUAGGAAACUCUACUGCCAUCCAAGAGCUGUUUAAGCGGGUGUCCGAGCAAUUCACAGCCAUGUUCCGACGCAAAGCCUUCCUGCACUGGUACACUGGGGAGGGCAUGGAUGAGAUGGAAUUCACAGAGGCCGAAUCCAACAUGAACGACCUGGUGUCCGAGUACCAACAGUAUCAGGACGCCACCGCAGAAGAGGAAGGAGAGUUCGACGAGGAAGAAGAAGAAGAAGCCGCUUAGAGUAAGAAUUUUUUAAAAUGUCAAAAAAGUGUUUUUUAAAUAGCUUUGCGUUUAAAAAACGGCUAAACUGAAAUCUCAACGAUUUAUGAAUAGGACAAAUGAAAACAUUGAUCACAUUCUUAACCUGCUUUCAAGUUCUGGUUUUGUUAACAGUUUACGAAGUCUUGCACCUACUAAGUCACUGACAAGCUUCCCAGUUAUCUAAGUGUAGCUAGUCAUGAUAAGAACACUCUGUGAAACAUUCUCAGUUUCAGUCUCUGUAUAAUUAAUAAAUGGUCUCUUAAUAAAUAAUCAGCUGGGUCGUGCAUCAAUUCAAACGACAGCGUUAAAACGCAGACAGCUACAGAAGUUUGUCAGGCUACCCUUUACCACUAUUCAUUUUAUUGAUAAUUGCCCAAAGGUUUGAGGAGUUUGAGGAUUCGCUUUUGAGACCUUUUUAUUUCGUGAAUGGUCUUAUUGAGAGCCGUUAACAAGUUUAAAUCAUAGCCACUUGGAAUACGGCACAGACGAUGUAAAGAAAUGGUCAUGUUAUAUUAUACAGACUAACUCAAUGGCCCAACUCACAAAUUAGCAGCUCAAAGAGGCAUCAAGUUAAACAUCUUUGUUACCAUCAAACACGUGACCAAGCAGCAAAAGUGAAAGGAGAUAUAAGGCUAUGUACACUAGAAAUUAGAAGGGUAAACAAAUUUUUUGAAAUAAACAUCAGUGUGUAUUC